CAGGCAUUUCCCCACCUCCCAACCAAAUCAGAUGCUCUGACGCACAGAAAAUUUCAUUUCAGAUCAGAAAUUUAAAAAUACAAAAAAAAGGAAUGCCAGUUCUGAAACUUGCCAGCUUUUUUACCAAAUUUUUUCCAUCCAAAAGAGUGCGUUGCAUAGAAGUUGAGCGAAGAAGGCAAUUGUUGAAGUGCAGGGAGCAACUAAAAAACCGAAAGAUGAGCAAGACACCUCGAGUGGACUUCAGUGCAGAACCCAUAGUGCUGCCCAUGCCCCAGAAUAUGAUCAAGGGUAAACUUCGGGGAAAGCAUGUGACUGGGAGUUUCCAGCUGAAGGUCGAGCGAGAUCCUUUGACGGAGAGACUGGAGAUCACGGCCACGCUGCCCAGCCCACGACUUCCGCCGGAAACAGAUCCAUCGCCCCAGGAGGAGCAACUCUACGAGCUGUACGUGUGCAACAGCCAGGGCCAAUUGCUGGCCAGGAUGCCCUUCCUGGAGAGCGACUAUCGAAGGGCAGCCCACCAGGCCAUCGAAUCCAUGUCCUCAUCCCCAUCAUUUCUGAAAUUUCCAAGGAUCAACCCAAACUGCAUUCCCUUUUGAUAUGUGGAGGAGGAAUACCUCUGCCUGCAACCGUCAAAAUGUCAGCCUUCAUUUACCAGGGUUCGCCAUCCUGUCAGGAACUUCCGGUUAUCGAUUACCUGCUAUAGCUCCUUUUUCAUCUCUAUCUCUUUAAUUGGUUGCUGGAUGGGAUACUAAAUUAUACAAAAACUGCAGGGCUGUAAAAUUAUCUUUAGACUUCAA